UCAGUACAGGUUUCGUGUUUUGCUUUUGCCGAGAGACAGACCUGAUUGUGCGGCAAACCGGAAUUUAUUUAGCUAUCAACGCUUUUAGUUAUAAGUCCAAAAUCAAAAGCAGUGAAAUGUUUAGAACUUGACCUGCCUUUGACAUCGUCGUCGAAUGACUGAUCUUUGAGCUGCUGUGACAAAUCAGACGGAAGGAUGGCUGGGAUGCGCCACGUGUUUGCCCUGAUGAUUCUGGCUUUGGCAGCUAUAGACGGCGCCUCGGCAAUGGUCGAAGGACUCUACUGUGGAAAGGAAAAUUGCUACGAUGUGCUGGGCAUCACCAGAGAUUCUACCAAAAGCGAAAUUUCCAAGGCUUACAGGCAGCUUGCCAGGAAGUAUCACCCUGAUAUGCACAAAGCCCAAGAGGCAAAAGCUGCUGCAGAGAUUAAAUUCAAAGAAAUCGCCACUGCGUACGAAAUUCUAAAAGAUAGUGAGUCUCGAGCCGACUAUGAUUACAUGUUGGACCACCCUGAGGAGUACUACAGUCACUAUUACCGAUAUUACCGUAGACGGAUGGCACCAAAGGUGGACGUCCGCCUAGUCAUCGCUGUCACCAUCACUGUGGUGUCGGCCAUUCAAUAUUUCAGUGCCCACCAGAGGUACGAGUCAGCAAUAAAAUAUUUUAUGACUGUGCCCAAAUACCGACACAAGGCCAUCGACAUUGCCACGAAGGAGGGUCUCUUCAACACUGACAAGAAGAGCAUUAGGAAAAUGUCGAAAGCGCAGAUCAAAGAGGAGGAGGAAGCGGUGAUACGCAGUGUGCUCGAGAGCAACAUGGAUAUCCGCGGCGGCUAUGCCAAGCCGGGUGUCAUGGACAUCUUGUGGGUGCAGCUCGUCAUUCUUCCGUACACGAUUUGGAAGUAUGGAAAGUGGUACGCCAUCUGGGUCUACAGAUUCAACAUAAAAAAAGAGCCGUAUGGACUUGUUGAAAAAGUGUAUCUCAUUAGGAAGAACAUGAAAAUGGGGGAAAACCAAUAUGAGGCGCUUGAAGACAGUGAAAAAACUCAGCAUUUGAAGCGAGAACUUUGGAUACGAAGCAAAUUUUUGGACUGGCAAAAAGAGAAGGAAGAGGAAAUGAAAGCACAACUUGCCGAAAGCGCAAAAUACAAAGCGUAUAGGCGCUACAUGAAAAAUCAUGGAGUGGGAAGAAUGACUUUUGAGGACUGAUCUUGUAAUACAGGGGGCAGUUUUCUUCAAUAUUUAUUACUUUGUUGUGUUUAAUAAAACCUGGAAGUCCAAAGUA